AUGAUGGAGAGCAAGUGUGAGAGCAAGUUCUGCAGAGAUGGGAUGAGCUCACUGGAUUUUGUGAUGCUCACGGCUCUGAGCGGAAAAACUGUCAGGGGAGAGAUCUGUUCUCCUUCCAACAAAAACCCAAGUCCAGUGAAUCAUUCCCGGACACAUCUUAUUCCAAGUGACCAUCAGAGUAAGAAGUUCUGCUGUGGGUCUGAAAUAACAGAUGUAGAACAGACAUUAUGCUGUGGGGGCAACAUUUUUCAGAGGGAGGAAGAUUUACGCUGUUGCCAAGACAAGAGCUACUACGUACGACGACAGGUUUGCUGCGAGGACGGGCGGGUUUUGGAGGGGUCUCCUGAGCUGAGUUGCUGCGGAAACCAAACCUUUAACCCCCAAAUCCAGAGCUGCUGUGAGGGUCGUGUCUUCCCCGAAGAGGGCCUCAGCUGUUGUGGUGACGAGACCUACAGACCAGAGCAGGAGAUCUGCUGCUCAGGUGUUGUUCAGAAGGGGAACAAUGUGACAACCGACUGCUGUGGGACCAGUGCAUACAACCGCCUCACCUCCCUCUGCUGUAACCCCGGGGAGAACUCGUCAGGAUUGCUGGUCAGGUCUUCACCGUCGGAGUUGUGCUGUGAUGACCGCGUCUACAACGAAGAGAGUCACAUCUGCUGCCCAAACCUCACUGUUCACAGCCAUCGGGAGGGGACCCACUGCUGCAGCGAUUUCAGCUCCGAUCCCAUCAGCUCAGUCCCUUACCAUCCCACCACCCACACCUGUCACAAAGGAACAUUACACCUGAAAGAUCUCAUCUGUGGAAACGGACGUGAGUUGGGCAGAUCCUCGAAGUCGCAGCUGUGUUGUGGUGAACGUCUGUUUGAUAAGGAGAAGGAGAUUUGCUGCUCAAACCUGACUGUCCACAGCCGUCACAAGGGGACAGAGUGCUGCGACAACUUCACCAUCAACAGCUCUAUCCCCUACCACCCCCACCUUCACACCUGUGCCCAAGGUUCUCUUGUGCUGAUCCCAUGUGGAGGGAUUGACUAUGAUGAACAGACACAGAUUUGCUGCUCUGGGAAUCUACACAAUCGCCGUCAUGGAGGGUCUCAACAAGAGUGCUGUGGGGCUCAGGUUUACCCCAAAGACAGCCGGGCCCUGGUGUGUUGUGGAGAGACUCUUCACGUGAAAACCUCAAACGUCACUCAUUGCGUAGGAAACGCCAUAUACAACCCGACCACCCACACCCUCUGCGGGUCAGUCAUCCACCCGACACAGCCCGGGACCCAGUGCUGCGGGCACCAACUCCAAAACCACACACACAUCUGUUGCAACGGGCACAGACACUCUGGGUCCCUGGGUUCCCGUGUGGCCUCCUGUUGUGGUGUGAGUGCGUAUGAUGAGAGCGACAACACGAGUGUGUGUUGUGGGGGGAGGCUACACACUGCCCUCCCGGCCCCCGGGGGUGGGGAAUGCUGCGGAAAACUCCUCAUCGACCCCAACACCCACCAAUGCUGUCGCUCGCCCCAAUUCUCCUUGAUCUACCCCCUCCACACCUCCUUCCACUGCUGCGGCCAUCACUAUUACAACAGCAGCCACCAGCGGUGCUGCUCACAACAACUGGGGGUCAAACCCCAGCCAGAUGUCAAGCUGAUGGCUUUAGUCAAGGUUCCUAUGUCCACCCUCUGUAACAGUGCAGCUGUGGUGGGGAAGGUGACCAACGUGUCGCAGAAGGGACAGCAACUUGUUUGGUGGCUGAAAUCGUCGGUUGUUUUGAAAGCCAAUUGCGAUUUGAAAUGGAUGUCAACUCAUCUCAGACCCCUGUCCGCACAGUUCAAGCUCCGGACCAGGAAGUUCCUCAGCGCCAAACCAGUCGUCAAUGCCACCUAUGUUUUCUGGUUACCCAAUUCCCAGUAUAACGGUAAAGCCAUCUUGUCUCAUUGCCUUCUCUCAGUGACCUCUGUCAGUCUCCUGGGCCCAGAACCCAUCAUCUCUGUGGCUCGUCAGAUGCAGAACUGUUCCCAUCGACGUCCUCAGCUUUGGGAAUCUCUUAACUCGGUCUAAACCCAACCACAUCAAUGCUACAAACUGCUGGUAAACACAGGC